CUCCUCCACAAAAAAAAGACCCAAGUCCCCAAAAUCUCGUCUCCUAUCCCAUUUUUCUCCAAUUUUUGAAGCAAAAAUGGCGAUAAAAGCACCCAUUGGUGCUUUGAGUUUGGCCCCACCUCCUCCUUCCUCAUUGAGAGCCCAUUCAAAUAGGUCUCUCAUCGCCUACCCACCUCUCAAAACCUCCUUCUUCAAUGGCGGAGUGGGGACUCUAAAAGCCACAGUCAAUACUAAUGUACUAAGAUGUAGUAGACAUGGUGGAGGUGCUCUCGGUGCCCGGAUGAACCUUUUUGAUCGGUUGGCUAGGGUAGUAAAGUCAUAUGCGAAUGCAAUAUUAAGUUCAGUAGAGGAUCCAGAAAAGAUCUUGGAUCAAGCGGUGCUUGAAAUGAAUGAUGAUUUGACAAAGAUGCGUCAAGCAACAGCUCAGGUUUUAGCAUCUCAGAAACGAUUAGAGAACAAAUAUAAAGCUGCUCAGCAAGCUUCUGAUGAUUGGUAUAAAAGGGCACAACUUGCACUUGCAAAAGGAGAUGAGGAUCUUGCUCGUGAGGCUCUAAAGAGGCGUAAAUCUUACGCUGAUAAUGCAAGCAACUUAAAAGCUCAGCUGGAUCAACAGAAAGGUGUAGUCGAUAAUCUAGUAUCUAAUACUCGGCUUUUGGAGAGCAAGAUACAAGAGGCUAGGUCAAAGAAAGACACUCUAAAAGCCCGUGCACAGUCAGCAAAGACUGCAACUAAAGUGAGUGAAAUGUUGGGAAAUGUCAAUACAAGCAGUGCUCUUUCAGCAUUUGAAAAGAUGGAAGAGAAAGUUAUGGCUAUGGAGUCCCAAGCGGACGCCCUUAAUCAGUUAACGACCGACGAUCUAGAAGGGAAGUUUGCGAUGCUUGAAACCUCAUCAGUUGAUGAUGAUCUAGCAAACUUAAAAAGGGAGAUAGCAGGGAGCUCACCGAAAGGGGAGCUCCCUGCCGGUAGAACAACAGUCAGCAGCUCAACCUCAUCAUUUCCAUUUAGAGAUUCAGAGAUCGAGAGCGAGCUGAACGAGCUCAGGAGGAGAGCCAAGGAGUACUAGUUUCUAUCCUCUUGCCUUUCUGAUCUCAAAUGAAGCUCACUUCAUGUUUGUGGAUUAAAAAUUCUACUUCUGGCUAUGUACAAUGCCUGUAUCCUAAGCUGAAGGAUGAAAGUGAAUGUGGGAAAAGUAACAGAGGAGAUCUCUUGUGAUGGAUUGCUGACAGUCCAGAAGGUCAACCGUUGCAUUUGCAAUUAUUUGACACAUAUGUACGAUAUAAUAGGCAAGCUUUUAUGUGUAUAAAGAAUUAAACUGGUUUUGGUUUACUUGUUGCAAAAUAAGGCCAUAUUAGUUGGAAGAAUGAUUUUGCUUUAUCAUGUUGAGUUUGUGAUGAA